AUGGAAGAGAUAAUUGCAAGAGUCCGACGCUGUAAAGGAUACCAGAUGGGGGGGAAAGAGCUGAAAGUUGUGUGCUACGCGGACGAUGCCGUGCUAAUUUCCGAUAGCGAAGACAACCUACAACGCAUGAUUCACCAGUUUAACAUUGCCAGCAAAGCCCUCAACAUGGAGAUAGCAACAGAAAAAACCAAAUGCAUGGUCAUCGCACCACAUCCAAUAAGAUGCAAACUUGAAGUCGAUGGACAAAUCGUACAACAAGUGAGCGAGUUCCGAUAUCUUGGUAUAAACAUAUCCAGCAGUGGAGGAGUGGAAAAAGAAGUAGCAGAGCAAGUUGAAAAGGGCCUGAGAAUAGCAGGAUGCCUAAGGAACACGAUUUGGGACAACAAACAUCUAAGAACAGAGACGAAAGUUUCCAUCUACAAGGCAGUAGUCAGGCCCAUAUUUACAUACUCGGCAGAAACGCGUGCAGAGACGACAACCACACAGAGAUUGCUCACCACCGCGGAAAUGAGGACACUAAGAAACAUAGAUGGCAAAACACUGCUCGACCGGAUAAAGAACGAAGACAUCAGAAGAGCGUGCAACAACAUAGAAGACAUAACACAAUGGUGCAAAAGACGCAAAAUCGAGUGGAACGAACACAUAGAACGGAUGGACGAAACCAGAAUAGUCCGAAUAGCCAGGGACAAAUCGCCAAGGGGAAAGCGAUCCCUGGGAAGACCCCGAAAGAGAUGGAGCGACCACCUAAACCCUGUCUGA